AUGUCCGGUACGUGCUCAGUGCUGGUGGAUGUUGAAGAUGUGAACGACGUGCCACCACGGUGGCAGAGCGCCGAGUGGUUCGUGGAGGCCAUGGAGGGACAGCCGCCCGACACGGUCCUCGCUUCUCUGGCCGUCGUAGACCCCGACACUACCAACUCCAUUGCCUUCAGGGUGGUGCCCGGCAGCGGCAGGGGCUGGCAGUUGGUUACGCUCACACGACGCGCCGACGGCGCAGCGGCAGAACUCCGAGCCAAACAAACGCUGGACUACGAAGACCCUGAGCAGCGUGGUACCUUGAGGUUCCAGGUGCAGGUUACCGACCAGGGAGAAGACAAAUGGUACGACAGGUACAGACUUGGCGUGUCGUACGUCAGCCUCAAGGUAAAGAACGUGAACGACAACACGCCCUUGUUCACUGCGGGCGACCGCCAAGCCAUAACGCUGCCGGAGGACGCUCCGGUUGGUGGUGUUGUUGCAAGGCUACCGGCCGCGGACGCCGACGCGGGACCAGAGAGUGGGAUCAGCUUCAGCAUUUCGCUGGAGAGCAACCCGGAGAGUUUGUUCUCCAUUGACGGUAACGGCACCGUGUGGCUGGUGCGUAGGCUGGACCGAGAACAAAUGGCGCUACAUCACCUCGUUGUUCUUGCCACCGACACCGGCAUGCCGCCUAGAACUGCCACCGCCGCCCUGAAGAAUUCGUACGUAAAUGCUUGUUUGGUAACGAGGCUUACCGACGUUGGAGGAAAAGCUUAUCACCUGCCUUAUGAGACGUUCCAUGUCGUCAUUGCUACUCGUAGCCAAGAGCCAGUCGGCGAUGUGAACGACAACCAGCCAUACCUGCUGAGCCCGCGCACCAUCCCCAUACCCGAACCUGGGCGCUCCGACCCCCAUGUGGACACUCGGCGGGUGGCGUUCAACCUGACAUUGACGGACCUGGAUGACUGGAGCCUAAACAACGGCCCUCCGUUCCGGGUCUUUUGGCGUCGAUCGGACGCUCUUCCAGACACACCAGCGCCGCGCAAGCGCAUGGAAGUCCAAAGGAUCUCUUUCAGUGCCGUAUCUUUUGGCGUCGAUAGGAUACUAUUCCUGACACGUCUGCACCGCGCUAGCGCAUGGAAGUCCAAAGGAUAUCUUUCAGUGCCGGAUACUAUUCCUGACACGUCUGCACCGCGCAAGCGCAUGGAAGUCCAAAGGAUCUCUUUCAGUGCCGCCCAAACGGUGACGUCAGAAAACGUCGUACACAUCCCGACGGUGGCCCGUCUAUCGCUGGAAGGUCGCGAGGAUGCAGGGAGCGAUCUCGCCACGGCCGCCAUCAUCGUGGCUGAUAACGGCAAGCCUCGCAUGACGUCCACCAUUACCAUUACCUUCAUCAAGGAUCAUCAUCGAGAGAACAAGUCUAAGAAAAAAAUUAUCAACGUCUUUAAGAUGAAGAGAUCCGGCGCAGUGCUGGCCUUAGGUCGGGUGCAGGAUGGACGUGGCCUCCAAGGUCCCUACAAAGAACACUCGUGGCUCAAGGCGCACCCGUUCUUCAAGCUGGAUCAGAUCUCUGGCGAACUGCAUCUCUUGCCCAGCGCACGGGCUAGGAAGUACGACCUGGUCGUAUCUUCGACUACUAGCACCGGCACUCAGUCGCUCACCGAACUCGAAGUCAACGUAGAAAUGGAACAACUGAAGGAAAUAACUGAAAUGAUUUUACUUGACUUGAUACUUGAUGCUUGUCACGCACAGUUGACUCCGAGUGUGACAGCAAGGGCUGUGCCGCUGGAGAUCGCAGCGUCGUCUACGACGUUGCUCACUCCUGACGAAUCUGGCGACUCGCACGUCUCGCGUUUACUGAAACUCAUGUCUGGCCACGCGGCGACCGCUGCCGACGUUAGGUUGGCCACGGCCGGGUCAGAGCAGGACGGCGCCGGGCCGAGCGCUGACAUGCAAGUGAUCUCCGUGUCAGAUCUGCUCAAAACCGAGGACGCCCCGCCGGCGGCCAGAAUAUGGGUGGCCUCCAGUACAGAGGCUGACGCGUUAGAACUCCUAUUCAAACGACGUGCUAAAGAGAUCGAAAAUGUGCUCGGGUUUAGCUUGCUGGGCGUUGGCACGUCUAUGCUGGGCACGUGUUCCAGAGAGCCUGAGAGCUGCUCAUGCUGUUGUCGGGACAAAAUAUCAAUGAGCGGCAACUUUUCCACGGUUCAAACAUCGUCGUUAACGCACGUCGGUCCUGAACUAACACUUGAGAUGGUAUGCGGAUGCACAACAUCUCGCAUACACGGAAAUUUAUCCAAAGAAGUUGAAAUAACGGAUCCUUUGGUAGUGCACAGUAGUGGUUUCGAAAAUCUUGCACCGUCAGCGCACGCUGUCCUCAGUGCUGAGGCCAACGUUUGCACAAAUAAUUUCUGUAUGAACGGUGGACGCUGUUUGGUGAGCGACGAUAACAAGCCAAGGUGCAUUUGUCCUCCCGGAACGGAAGGCCCGCACUGCAAAGUGACCACAAGACAGUUCCAUGAAACGUUCCGAACUUCUUCCUCGAUGUCCGGGUCCUGGUGCUGGUUGCCGCCUUUACCUUCAUGUACCCGACUCCACAUCAGUCUUUACCUGCUCACCAACAAGCGCAAUGGAUUAUUCCUGUACUCAGGCAACGAGCAGUUUAAUCUUUACCAGCCUUACAUCGCUCUGCAGCUCGUCAACGGGAUGCCUCAAGCCAUGGUUCGCACAUCAAUCACUGGCCCUACAACAACACUCACUCUCAACGCCCCGGUCGCCGACGAUCAGUGGCAUCGCAUCGACUUUCUUUGGGUGGACAAGACUCUACUCUUCUACGUGGACCAAUGCAGUUUGGGGAACCUGAAUCCUUUUUCAUACUCGCUCCCCUCAUCCCGACCGGGGCCGCUGUCCCCUGAUCACACUGCGAACCUGAACAGGUGUCGACAAUCUGCCCGACUACAAUCUAGCUUCAGAAAAUCUGUUCUCAAUUUCCCCUUGCAGCUCGGAUCCAGAGACAUAAUUUUUAGAAACGAUGCAAAUCUUACGCAAACACACGAGACUUUCACCGGAUGCAUCUCCACGGUCCGCGUCAACAACAAGAUCAUGAACUUCUACAAGACCUGGGAGCGUCUGUCGUGGGUGAAGGCAGUCGUCAAGGUUGCGGCCGACAUCGCUGCUUAUUACCAAACUAGAUGUGUGGGCUCGGAUGAACGCCGUUCAUGUGUUUGCAACGCUGGUUUUGAAGGACUUCGAUGCAAGCAGAAAACAGUUCCUGCAAUGCUCGCUGAAAACAGCUUCGCUCAUAUCGCUCUAUCGUUCUCGCCUCAACUUUACUCUAAUGUCAUACAGUUCAGGAUCCGAACAAGGGAGUCGUCCGGUCUAAUCGUGCUGCUGAGUUCGCAGCAUCGGCUGUCGUUCGUGGCGGUGUUGCUGGAAGAGGGCCGCGCUUGCCUUAAGUUCUCUGACCCUCCGAACUCUCCCCUCAGCCUCUGCCUCAGAGAUGCCCUCAACGACGGUACCUGGCAUUCCGUGACGGCUUCAAGGCUAGACGGUCACGCCUUGCCUCUACCGCCGUACUACAAGUUCACCAAGUGGGGCGCUCUCACGUACGAACAAGGCUUCCACGAAGGCUGCGACGCUCCCGACGCCUGCGUUAACUUCACCUGCACCAGACCUCUCGUCUGCAAGGAUACGUGGAGAGGAGGAUAUUGUGGUUGUCCUGACGGCCGUUCGAUGUCCCCUGACCGGACGACGUGUGAAGAUAUCAACGAGUGUGUCUGGCGUCCGUGUUUCAACGGAGGAUCUUGUGUCAACACAGCGCCAG